AUGUCGUCGCUCAACGAGAUUCGGGGUCGUCUAGCCCUCAUCACUGGCGCAUCUGGAGGCAUUGGCGCCGCCUGCGCAGAACAACUCGCUGAAAAAGGCGUCAACCUCGCGUUAACCUAUGCGACCAACCUAGACGCGAUGAACAAGAUCGUCGCAGAUCUCCAAUCUAAAUACGCCGAGAACAAAUUAAAAAUCUCAAUCCACCAAGUUGACGUGGGAAAAGCCGAUCAAAUCGAGAAAAUGUUUCAAGAAAUCGAUGCUCAACAUAAUCAACGACCUGACAUCCUAGUCUCAAACGCCGGAUAUGGCAAGCGAUUCCCCAAUGUGUGGGACAUUACUCUAGAAGAGUUCGAUUAUACGCUGAACAUUAAUCUCCGAGCUUCUUUCAUCUUGGUAAAGGGUGUUGUAGAGCAUAUGAAGAGUCAGCGUUGGGGUCGCAUUGUGUUCAUGUCGUCGAUCGCAGCACAGGGAGGUGGUAUCAAUGGAUGUCACUAUGCUGCGUCUAAAGGUGGUCUCACCGGUAUGAUGAAAAAUCUUUCUACUCGUUUGGCAGAACACAAUAUUAGCGUCAACGAUGUUGCGCCCGCUAUGAUUGGGGAUACUGGCAUGAUCCCUAAUGCUGCGGCGAUUCCUGAAGUUGCUGCUGGUAUUCCUUUGGGUCGUUUGGGUACCCCAGAGGAGACGGCGAAUACUGUUACCAUGCUCGUGACUACUGGUUAUAUGACUGGCCAGAGCCUCUUGCUGGCUGGCGGACUGAAAUAA